AUCCAGGGUUCUCAAAGGAACCUGUGUGCCGGAAAAUAAACUACUAUAUAUCAGAGCUUUGAAAACUCAGCUUCUCAAUGUCAAACUUGCUUUUCGAGGUCAACUUGAAUUUUUUGUAAUCUUACCCAGUGUAUCUCCAUCUAGAAGUUGCUCUUUUUCGGAUCAUCCUGUGCAAUCAAACUGGCCGGAACAGCUAGGGUGAAACACGAUGGGCUUACUUGAUGGAAAAGUUGCAGCGAUUACUGGAGGCGUCACCGGAAUUGGACGCGCGAUCGUCCUCAAAUAUUUGGAAGAAGGGGCUUGCGUAGCCGUGAAUCACCUUGGUGAUGAUAAAUCGACUGAACACUUUAAGAGCUUGGUAAAUGAAGCCGCUGCCGGAUCCAAGCUUAUCGAGAUUCCUGGUGACAUUUCGAAGUACGAGACCGCCGCGAUACUUGUCAGCGAGACCGUCAAGGCGUUUGGCAAGCUCGACGUCUUCGUGAGCAACGCUGGAAUAUGUCAAUUCUCGGAUUUCUUGAGUCUCGAGAAGGACCUCUUCGAUCUCACCGUGCACACGAACCUGCACGGGGCCUUCUACGCCAUCCAGGCUGCAGCUCGACAGAUGGUCGCCCAAGGCCACGGAGGCUCCAUCAUCGGCGUCUCGUCCAUCUCCGCGCUCGUUGGAGGCGCCUAUCAAACGCACUACACGCCUACAAAAGCAGGGGUGCUCAGCUUGAUGCAGUCAUGUGCGUGCGCCCUUGGUCAGUACAAAAUCAGGUGUAACGCACUCCUGCCCGGCACGAUCAAGACGCAGCUCAACGAGAAGGACCUUGCAAACGACGAAAAAAGAAAGUACAUGGAGGGCAGGAUACCCUUGGGUAGGACGGGCGAGCCAAAGGACCUGGCAGGCCCAGCUGUGUUUCUUGCGAGCGACCUGAGCGAAUAUGUGACCGGUGCGCAGCUACUCGUUGACGGUGGCUUGUUUGUCAAUUUACAAUGAGUUCAAGGAAAAAUUGGGAAACUUUCGAACUCGUUCAGUUUAACCUAUAUGCCUCCUCAGCUGUUCCAUGCCAUACC